CCUUGCUGCCUGGCUUCUUCCGGUUGGAGACGUGGCUUAGAGGCGCUGCCAUAUUGAGCUGCGGAUAAGCAGUCGAGGGAGAAGAGCCGCAGAUAUUUUUCCUUAGUUUUCGGAGAAGUUGCGUAGGAUUUUAAAGAGACCGACAACAUCGGACAUUUUAUAUCAUAAGCGAUCACACACACGGAAAAUGGUGCUGUUGGCAGCGGCGGUGUGCACCAAGGCUGGCAAGGCCAUCGUGUCACGUCAGUUUGUGGAGAUGACGCGGACCCGAGUGGAGGGGCUGCUCGCCGCCUUCCCCAAGCUAAUGAACACAGGCAAGCAGCACACGUUUGUGGAGACGGAGAGCGUGCGCUACGUCUACCAGCCCCUAGAGAAGCUCUACAUGGUGCUCAUCACCACCAAGAACAGCAACAUCCUGGAGGACCUGGAAACGCUGCGGCUCUUCUCACGUGUGAUUCCUGAGUACUGCCGUGUUCUCGAGGAGAGCGAGAUCUCCGAGCACUGCUUCGACCUCAUCUUUGCCUUCGACGAGAUUGUGGCCCUGGGCUACCGGGAGAACGUCAACCUGGCACAGAUCCGCACCUUCACCGAGAUGGACUCUCAUGAGGAGAAGGUGUUCCGUGCUGUUCGAGAGACUCAAGAGCGUGAGGCCAAAGCAGAGAUGCGCAGGAAGGCAAAGGAGCUGCAGCAGGCCAGACGGGACGCGGAACGCGCCGGAAAGAAAACGCCAGGCUUCGGCGGCUUUGGAAGCUCCGGCAUGAGUAGCGGUAACUCUGCUACGGUCAUCCAAGACACUCUCAUCGAGCCCGAGAAGCCUAAGCCUGCCCCGGCCCCUGUCAGGGCUAGCGGUCCCAGUAAGGCCCUGAAGUUGGGUGCCAGAGGAAAGGAGGUGGACGACUUUGUGGACAAACUCAAAUCAGAGGGCGAGAACAUCAUCCUGCCCAGCACAGGGAAAAGGCCCUCAGAGGUGUCCAAAGCGCUGCCUGCUCCUGUCAAUACAGAGAGUGUGCAUUUGAGAGUGGAGGAGAAGAUUACUCUAACGUGUGGGCGGGAUGGGGGCCUCCAGAACAUGGAGAUCCUGGGCAUGGUGACACUCCGAGUGGCCGACGACAAGAACGGCCGUAUCAGGAUAGUCUUAAAUAACAACGAUAAGAAAGGGGUUCAGCUGCAGACUCAUCCCAAUGUGGAUAAGAAGCUCUUCACAUCAGAGUCCAUCAUUGGUCUGAAAAACCCAGACAAGUCCUUCCCCCUGAACAGUGAUGUUGGCGUGCUAAAAUGGAGGCUACAAACCACAGACGAGUCUCUCAUACCACUAACAAUAAACUGCUGGCCAUCAGAAAGUGGCACAGGAUGUGAUGUCAACAUUGAGUACGAGCUGCAGGAAGACGCACUGGAACUCAAUGAUUUGGUCAUCACCAUCCCCAUACCGUCUGGAGUUGGUGCACCUGUGAUUGGAGAUCUUGAUGGGGAGUAUCGCCAUGACAGCCGACGUAACGUUCUGGAGUGGUGUCUACCUGUGGUGGAUGUCAAGAACAAGACGGGCAGCCUUGAGUUUAGUGUAGCGGGCCAGCCAAACGACUUCUUCCCCGUCAUCGUUUCAUUUGUUUCCAAGAGCAACUAUUGUGACAUGCAGGUCGCCAAGGUGACACAUGUGGAUGGAGAUGCUCCAGUGAGGUUCUCUACGGAAACCUCUUUUGUUGUCGACAAAUACGAGAUACUGUAAAGGAACAUCCAUGUAAAGAAAACAACUAUCAUCAGAGAAAAAAAAACAAGAUCAUUGGAUAUGGAAAUGUAUAAAAACACAACGCAGAGAGCUGCAAAUCGGAAAAGGUUCAUACUGACCUGUUUCUUCAACAGCAGUCUAAUAACAGGACAUCCUUUUCAAAAACAAAGCCCUUUUGACCUUGGUUUGCGAUAAUUGCUGUAUUUGUACCUUUAUAAGAGAGUGACAACACACGUCUCCAAAGGGAUCUUUAAGUGUAUAAUAAGAGACUGGCAAGGCUGGACAGUGGGAGUUGAAAGAGGAAUCGGUCACACGUUUGGCUGAGAAGGGCCAAGAGGAGUGGGGAAGGGUCGUCACAAGCCUUCGCUUCUCAAAACUAGGUCUCAAUAACAGACUCAUCGGUGACCGAAGGGGUGGGGGUGGGGGUGAGGGGGGGGGGGGAGUAUUGAAUGAGUGUACGUUUUCUUUUUUGCCUGUACUGUGUUCAGCUUUUAGUAUGUGCAUUCAUACACACACACACAUACACACACACACACACACACACACACACACAUGCAAAAGCUGGUCUUCAAAAUUUGAAGUGAUGACAACGUCUCUUAAAACACUAGAUUUAAAAAAAGAAACACUGGUACUCGGGCCAGGAAGUACUUUAUUAUUUCCCCUUAAGUGGAGUUUUGACUGAAACUUUGAAGGACCAUGCGAUGUCAGAGACGGAACUGUGCAGAUUCUCUCCAUUUUGUCCUGUCUACUCUGUCAUGUUACUGCCUUUUUUGUUUUAAUCUGUAAUCACGUUCAAGAAAAGUUUCUCUUAUCUCGUUUCAACCUCGGAACUUGGCAUUACUGUGUUCGCGGUCAUCGGAACCAGUCACACAUUAUUCCCCAUCAGCGGUCAGAUUCUACUAGCGUCACGUCUGGACAUUUGACCACUUCUCCUAGGUAUAUAAAUCGAGGCACGUGGGACGUAGAUUACCGUGCAUUAUAUCCAGAUUAUCAUUUGAGUUUUUGACUGAACACUGAUGCAGUUCCACAGACUCUCGGGGCUUUUCUGGACUGUCCAUCUACCUGUCUCUCACUGACCCGCUGGGGAAUUGAUGCCAUAGAGACUUAGCCAGCACAGCCAUGUAUGUUGUGGAAUCGCUGUGGCAGACUGUAGUCGAAUCACCCCGCAACCCCCCCCAUCAUACCCCACCCCCGGCAUGUUGCUUCACAUACUGUCACAUUGAGCGUGCCAGCUCUUUGAGAUGAGUUUUUAUCGUCUGAGAUCUCUGCUGGCUGCUGGCGUCCUCCCAUCUUCUCCUCACUGGUUAUCUGAAUGCCCCCCACCCUUUCCUUUCUCAGAGAAUCCCACUUCAUGUUGAAUGCCAGAUUUACUUAUGUCUCUGUUUAAGAAUGACCAAUGUUUGUUUUCUUUUUUCUUUUUUUGCCUUGAUUCUCUAAAUAGUGUGAAGAGGGAAUAGGUAUACAUGUCUGUUUUUUUUCUCUGUCUGUCUGUAUCAGAGUUUUGUCUGAAUCACAUUGUGGGUGUGGGAGAUGGAAAUUAAAAAGAUUUUGUAACCCUGUAAAAUAUGAACUGAGGCAUAAUUACAAAUGACAUUCCAAUGUAAACUUAAAAGGAGAAAACAACAAGAUUAAAGUGUACAAAAGGCCCCAGUGAAAUGAU